UAUAAUCCUGAAACUCAUUAAACCACAACUUCAGAGCGUUGAAUAACUGUGACUGCUCGCACUUGCCAAGCCACCUUUCUUGAAGCUUCCUUGGUGCACCAUGUCAGCUCCAGCUGAUCAAAUUAGCCCCAUACCAUCCGGGGCAAAAGUUUGUGCAUCAUUUCCAGAGCUCCUGAUGCUAGUUGAAUUUGUUUUUGGUGGCCUAGUUUGGAUCCUCGUGGCUUCAGCUCGAGUUUCAUUCCCUGGUGAUCAAGGCUGGGUGAUGUUUGUCUCAGUCUUCUGCUUUGUUAUAACCACGUUGCUGCUCGUACUGUACAUGAUUGGAGUUCAGAACAGUUCCUCUGCAUGGACUGUGGUGGAUGUUUUCUACCACUUCAUUGCAGCUGUGUUUUAUUUAAGUAUUGCCGUUUUGGAGGCCGGUGACACAAGGUUUAUUCUAAUCAGUGGAGAUCAAAAGAAUUACAAAAUCAACAUCGCUGCCACUGUGUUUGCAUUUGCGGCCACCUUACUGUACACAAUGCACGCUAUAUGGUCGAUAGUGAGAUGGAAGUCCUCCUCCUGAACAAGAAGACAAGUAACACGUACUCCUGGAAGAUUUUGCCUUCUUCCUAAAACUGCUGAUUUGUCUUUGCUUAAUAUUGGAUAUAUCCAUCUUUUUUGCAACUGUGAUUACAGUUUUUAUGUAUACAAUAGAACUGAUAUUCUACAAAAUGUCCUCGUAUGUUGAGUUUGAGAGUGCUGUAAGUAACGUAUCCCUUUGAUAUCUUGUGCCAUUUUAAUACCACAUAUCUCAAUAAAGCUGAGGUAGGAAUCAA